AUGGCCUCCCUUGCUGCAGCAAAUGCAGAAUUUGGCUUCGACUUAUUCAGAGAAAUGGAUAACUGUCAAGGAAAUGGAAAUGUAUUCUUCUCUUCCCUGAGCCUCUUCACUGCCCUGACCCUAAUCCGUCUAGGUGCUCGAGGUGACUGUGCACAUCAGAUUGACAAGGCACUUUACUUUAAUGCCCCAUCAAAGCAAGGAGACUGCUCUAGCAACCAGUCAGGACUGCAGCAUCAAUUGAAAAGAGUUCUCACUGACAUAAACUCAUCCCAUAAGGAUUAUGAACUCAGCAUUGUCAAUGGACUUUUUGCAGAAAAAGUGUUUGACUUUCAUAAGAAUUACAUUGCUUGUGCUGAAAAGUUAUACAAUGCCAAAGUGGAAAGAGUCGACUUUACAAAUGAUAUAGAAGAAACCAGAUAUAAAAUUAAUAAAUGGAUUGAAAAUGAGACACAUGGAAAAAUCAAGAAGGUAUUGGGUGGCAGCAGCCUCAGUUCCUCGGCUGUCAUGGUGCUGGUGAAUGCUGUUUACUUCAAAGGCAAAUGGAAGUCCGCCUUCACCAAGAGCGAGACCCUCAAGUGCCGUUUCAGGUCUCCCACGUGUCCUGAAAAGGCAGUUGCUAUGAUGCAUCAAGAACGGAGGUUCAAUAUGUCUACAAUUCAGGACCCACCCAUGCAGGUGCUCGAGCUCCAAUAUCAUGGUGACAUAAGCAUGUACAUCAUGCUGCCAAGGAAUGACCUAUCCCAAGUUGAAAGCAAACUGAGCUUUCGGCAUCUAAUGGAGUGGACCAAUAGGAGGAAUAUGAAAUCUCAGUAUGUGGAGGUGUUUCUUCCUCAGUUCAAGAUAGAGAAGAAUUAUGAGAUGAGAGGCCACUUGAAGCCCCUAGGGUUGCAGGACAUCUUUGAUGAGUCCAGAGCAGACCUCUCUGGAAUUGCUUCUGGAGGCCGUCUCUAUAUCUCAAAGCUAAUGCACAAGUCAUUCAUAGAGGUCACAGAGGAGGGCAGCGAGGCCACUGCUGCCACAGAAAAUGACAUUGUUGAAAAGCAGCUCCCUGAAUCCACAGUGUUCAGAGCUGAUCACCCCUUUCUGUUUGUCAUCAGGAAAAAUGGUAUCAUUUUAUUUACUGGUAAAGUCGCCUGUCCUUGA